UAUGUCCCUUUGCAAGGCCAUUGCUCCUGUUCUCCACAAGCUUAGGACUUCUUCCUGGACAGCCAGCUGCUGGCAGUGGAAGAGGAAAGGAGGAGACAUCAUCGGUAUGAGGCUCCCAGGCCUGUUUGUUGCUGUCCUCUGGCUCCACGGUUUUUUGGCCAAGGAGGACUCAUGCCUCUCCCUGGAAGGGCAACCAGAUGGGGAGGGUGGAGGCACCCCCCUAAGCGUGAACAUCAGCAGCCAGGGAAGGCCUACCAGCCUCCUUCUGAGCUGGGCCGCAGCACAGUCGGGUGGGCUUGGCCAUGCCCUCCUCCUCACUCGUCUGAGCCCACUCGGCUCCUCCGAAGAGCAGCCGCUCCAGGCCCAUACCAAUGAUUCCAGCUUUGAGUUCCAAGACCUGGUGCCAGGGGGUCACUACCAGCUACAAGUGACCACCCUGCGAUCCUGUGGGCAGAAUGUCACCAUUACCCUCAUGGCCCGCACUGCCCCAUCUGUUGUUCAUGGACUGCAGCUCCGCAGCUGCAGAAGCCUAGGCAGCCUGGAAGCCUCAUGGGGUAAUGGCCCUGGGGAGCAAGACAGCUACCAACUGCUCCUGUUACACCAAGAAUCGCAGACAUUGGCCUAUAACAUCUCUGUGUCCCCAGACAUCCUGUCCUAUAAUUUUGGCAACCUCUUGCCAGGUAGCAAGUAUGUUUUAGAGGUUACCGCCUGGGCUGGUGAUCUCCAGGCCAAGACCAGCACUCACCAGUGGACAGACCCUGUGGCUCCAAAUCACCUGCUGCUGCAUGCGCUGGGCACCAGCAUCCUGCAAGCCUCCUGGAACAGCUCUGAGGGGGCAGCCUGGCUCCAUCUGGUGCUCACAGACCUCCUAAGUGGCUCAAACAUGACUGUGAUUGUCCAAAGAGGAGUGUCAAAUCAUACCUUCCUCCACCUGUGUCCAGGAACCCGCUAUGAGCUGACACUCAGGGCUGCUGCAGGGCCCCAUCAGGUCAUGGGGCCCAAUGCUACGGAGUGGACCUAUCCCUCUGCCCCAUUGGACCUGGUGCUGACUCCUGUGCCCUCUGGGCUCUGGGCAAGCUGGCAGCCAGGGCCAGGAGCCCGAGAUGGCUAUGUGCUGAAGUUAAGUGGACCAGAAGAGAAGAAUGUCACUCUGGGCCCUGAGGCCUACAAUGCCACAUUGCCAGGGCCCCUGCCCCCUGGACACUAUGGCCUGGAGCUGGAGGCUCUGGCUGGGCCCUAUGGUGCCCGUGCCCAGGCCAGUGCCUGGCUAGAUGACUCUGCAGCCCAAACGAGGCAGGGCUGUGGUGCCAAGCUGCAGCUGGAUGGUCUGGAGGCCACUAGGGAUCCUGGGAGGCGGGCACUGCUCUAUGCCGAUGGAGAUCCAGGCCUCCUGGGAAACAUCUCUGUGCCCUCUGGUACCAACCACAUCACCUUCUGCGGGCUGGUUCCAGGGGCCCGCUACCGGGUGGACAUUGCUUCAUCUCUGGGCAUCAUCACCAAGAGCCUCAAGGGCCACACAAGUCCCCUGGCACCACAGUCACUGAAGGUCACCGAUAGAGCCAGCCUGUCUGACCUGACCAUUGCCUGGGCCCCAGCACCAGGACAACGGGAAGGCUACCUGGUCACUUGGCACCAGGAAGGCAGCCAGAGGGCCCUGGGUGGCCUUGUUGACUUGGGCCCAGACAACUGCAGCGUAGCUCUGCGGGGCCUGGUGCCUGGCUCCUGCUACACUGUGUCAGUGCAGGCCUGGGCAGGAGACUUACGCUCCAGCCCCCAGAGGACCCACACCUGCACUCCUCCUGCUCCACCUGCCAACUUGAGCCUGGGCUUUGCUGUCCAGCCCCCUGUGCUGAAGGCUUCUUGGAGUCUCCCACCGGGUGGCAGGGAUGGUUUCCGGCUGAGGCUUUAUAGCCUGAAGCCCCUGGCUCUGGACAGCGAGGAGACUGUAGGCCCAGAGACCCAGAACUUCACUUGGGCCCAGCUGUCCAGAGGCUCUGAGUUCCUGGUGUGGUUGGCUACCCUGCGGGGCCUGGAGGAGAGCAGCAAUGCCAGCGCCACAGGCUGGACACCCCCCCUCGCCCCUCCUCAGGUGAAUGUGACCAGUGAAGGCCCCACCCAGCUCCGGGCAUCCUGGAUCCAUGCUCCUGGGGGCCGAGAUGGGUACCAUGUAGCCCUGUACCAGGCAGGUGUCCAGGUGGCCCUGGGCACCAUGGGCGCAGAGGUGAACUGGACAAGCUUUUCCAUGCUGACUCCAGGCACGGAGUAUGAGGUCGAGGUCUGUACGCAGGCUGGGCCCUUUCACACUGCAGCGGCCAAUGUUUCUGGCUGGACCUCCCCCCGCCUGCCGCAUGAGGUGUUGGUGUCCAUGCAGGCAAGCAGUGCUGUGGUCAGCCUGGUCUGGGCCAAUGGACCCCUUGGGCAGGGUGUGUGCCAUGCCCGGCUCUCAGAGUCGGGGCAUCUGUCCAGGGAACAGCCCCUGGUGCUAGGCCAGGCCCGCCUAGUGCUGAGGGGGCUCCCUCCAGGCCGCAGUCUCUCACUGUCAGUGCUGUGCCGUGCAGGGCCACUUCAGGCCUCUACCCACUCCGUGGUGCUGCCUAUUGAACCUGGCCCCGUGGAGGAUGUGCAGUGCCAACCUGAGGCCACCCACCUGGCCCUGAACUGGACAAAGCCUUCAGGGGACGCGAGUGCCUGUCUGGUGGUGGCUGAGCAGCUGGCUGCAGGAGGGGAUUCUCACCUCAUGUUCCAGGUCAACACCUCCGAGAAUGCGCUCAUGUUGUCCGGCCUGGUGCCUGCUACCUCCUACCGCCUCAGCCUCACUGUGCUGGGCAGGAAUGGUCAGUGGAGCCGGGCAGUCACGCUGGUGUGCACCACUUCUGCAGAGGCUUGGCACCCCCCAGAGUUAGCUGCGGCCCCCCAGCUGGAGGAUCCUGAGAUGGGCAUGGGGGUGGUGAUCACACGUGGCAUGUUUGGGAAGGAUGAUGGGCAGAUCCAGUGGUACGGUGUCAUUGCCACCACCAGCAUGGCGUUGGUUCGGCCCUCCCUGGAAGUCAUCAACCACACGUGGUAUGACCAUUACUAUGGAGGACACGACUCCUACCUGGCCGUCCUGCUUCCCAACCCCUUCUACCCAGGGCCCUGGAUGGUACCAAGGUCCUGGACAGUGUCUGUGGGCACAGAGGACUGUGGCCACAUGCGGGAGAUAUGUAACGGGCAUCUCAAGCCAGGUUUCCAGUAUAGGUUCAGUGUCGCCACCUUUAUCAGGUCCAGCUCCCCUGAGACCAUCAUCUCCUUCUCAGCCUUCUCAGAGCCCCGGACCAGCGUCCCCCUGGCAGCAGUGCCCCUGCCGGGCAUGGUGGGCCUCAUGGCAGGCUGCGUGCUCACUGUCUGUGCUGCACUGGGCCUGCUGGGCUGGUGGCGGAUGAAGGGCCAGAGGAUGGAGAAAGACAGCACGGCCCAUGAGCCUGCGCAGCAUGGGCCUCGGCGGACCCAUCGGCCCAUUUCCAUGCACAGCUUCCGGCAGAGCUUCGAGGCCAAGAGUGCCCACGCACACCAGGCUUUCUUUCAAGAGUUUGAGGAACUGAAGGAGGUGGGCAGGGAGCAACCCAGACUGGAGGCUGAACACCCUGCCAAUAUUACCAAAAACCGUUACCCACACGUGCUGCCCUAUGACCACUCCAGGGUCAGGCUGGCCCAGCUGGAGGGAGAGCCCCACUCCGACUACAUCAAUGCCAACUUCAUCCCAGGCUACUCUCACCCGCGAGAGUACAUUGCCACCCAGGGGCCUCUCAAGAAGACGCUGGAAGACUUCUGGCGGCUGGUGUGGGAGCAGCACGUCCACAUCAUUGUCAUGUUGACUGUGGGCAUGGAGAAUGGGAGGGUGCUGUGUGAACACUACUGGCCAGUGAAUGCCAUCCCUAUCACCCACGGACACAUCACCAUCCACCUCCUGGCUGAGGAGCCCAGGGACGAGUGGACCAGGAGGGAUUUCAGGCUGCAGCACGGUGCCCGACAGCGGACAGUGAGGCAGCUGCAGUUCACCACCUGGCCAGACCACAGCAUCCCCGAGGCCCCUGGCCCCCUUCUCGCAUUUGUGGAGCUGGUCCAGGAGCAGGUGAGAGCCACCCAGGGCACAGGGCCUGUCCUGGUGCACUGCAGCGCGGGCGUGGGCCGCACGGGCACUUUUGUGGCCCUUUUGAGGCUGCUGCAGCAGCUGGAGGAGGAGCAGGUGGUGGAUGUGUUCAACACAGUGUACACGCUCCGGCUACACCGGCCCCUCAUGAUCCAGACCCCGAGCCAGUACAUAUUCCUGCACAGCUGCAUACUGAGCCGGAUUGUGCAAGGGCCCUCGGGCAUCUCUGAGACUGGACCCAUCUCUGUGGCCAGCUUCCCACAGGCAUGUGCCAAGAGGGCAUCCAAUGCCAAUGCUGGCUUUCUGAAGGAGUACAAGCUCCUGCUGCAGGCUCUCAAGAAGGAGGCUGGCUCUUCCUCGCACUCUUCUGGCUACGAGCAGGAUAGCACUGUCUCCUGUGCUGGCUCUCAGUCUCAGCUUUCUGCCAUGGAAGAGAGCUCUGUGGAUGCUGUCCUGGAAGCCUGGCUCUUCCCUGGUGGACCUUUGGGCCGAGAUCAUGUGGUGCUGACAGGGCCUGCAGGGCCCGAGGAGCUCUGGGAGCUGGUGUGGAAGCAUGGGGCCUGCGUGCUGGUGUCCUUGAGCCCACCUGACCCCCAGGAGAAGCCACAGGCAUUCUGGCCAACUGAGACACAGCCCAUCGUCACAGGCGUGGUGACCGUGCACUGGGUGGGGGACAGCAGCACUGCCAACUGGCCCUGUACUCUCUUCAGGGUCACACACGGAGAGAGUGGGACUGAGAGGCUAGUGCAGCACCUGCAGUUCCCAUGCCAGGAGCCUGGGCACGAGCUGCCUCCUACCACUCUACUGCCUUUCUUGGCUGAUGUGGGCCAGUGCUGCUUCCGGGGCAAGAACAAGAAGCCUGGUACACUACUCAGCCACUGCAGCAAGGGUGCAUCCCAGCUGGGCACCUUCUUGGCCAUGGAGCAGCUGCUGCAGCAGGCGGGGGCUGAGCAGACUGUGGAUGUCUUUAAAGCAGCACUGCAGCAAUCACAGGCCUGUGCCCUCAUGACCCCUACUCUGGAGCAGUACAUCUACCUCUACAACUGUCUGCGGAGUGCACUGGUGGAGGAGCUGGCCUGAAUGCAGGAGCCGCCUGUACUCUGUCAGCCCUCCCCCGGGAAGACCCCUGCCUGGCUUCCAGGAGAGCAGCUGCUACCUUGGCA